AUGGAUUCCACGUGGUAUCCUGUACCCAUCAUCCAUAUCAGCAGACAUACCUUCCCAUCUUCUCCCCCCUGCCGUCUUCCCCUCAUCUCCCGCUCCCCCCAAAAUCCCACUCAUAAACCCUCCAAAAAACCCUCUAAUCUCCACCUCUUCUUUAUUCUUCUUAUCGAACAUUCGGUACAAAUGGCCACGGUUGCUUGGCCGACCACGCACACCGGUCUCUACUGUUCCUGCUCUUCCUCUCCUUGUCCUCCCAUUCAUCACUCUUCUCUUAUCCGCGCCAAAACCCUAGCAUCAUCACCAACCACGAUAUCCGGGUUCCUCCAUUCAGACUUCCUCGGAUACGCAAUCCGGUCGAUUGAACCAAAGAUCUCCUCGCAAUCCAACAACCAGAGCACUGCCGUUCGGAUGUCCUGGGACGGGCCCCUCUCCUCUCUCCGCUUGAUAAUCCAGGGCAAGAACCUCGACUUGACGGAGCCAGUGAAGAAGCACGUCGAGGAUAAGGUGGGCAAGGCGGUGCAGAAGCACAGCAACCUCGUCAGGGAGGUUGACGUCCGGCUCUCCGUCCGCGGUGGAGAGCUCGGCAGAGGCCCCCGGGUUCGGAGAUGCGAGGUUACUCUGUUUCCCAAGAAGCAUGGGGUGAUUCGGGCGGAGGAGGAUGCGGAGACGCUCUACGGAAGCAUAGACUUGGUGUCGUCGAUCAUACAGAGGAAGUUGAGGAAGAUCAAGGAGAAAGAGUCAGAUCAUGGACGGCACAUGAAAGGGUUUAAUCGGCUCAAGUUUCGGGAACCGGAGGCUCAGAGAAUUGUUGGGAAGGAUGAGGAAGAGGACCGGGAUUUGGUAGGGUUGGCAUCUGAUCAAGUGGAUGGUGAACCUCUGGGCAAGGUUGUGCGUACGAAAUAUUUCGAUAUGCCACCACUGACGGUUGAAGAGGCAAAGGAGCAGUUGGAGAAUGUUGAUCAUGAUUUCUAUGGUUUCAGAAAUGAAGAAACUGGUGAGGUAAAUAUUUUGUACAAGAGAAAAGAGGGGGGAUAUGGAUUGAUAAUUCCCAAAAAUGGUGAUGAAGUGCAGAGGCCUGAUACAGAGGCAGUGGGGGCUGCAGAAGACCCCUCUGUUGCAAAGCGGUUAAGUGGUUAAUGCUGCAAAAUGUCCUGUAAAAUAGCAUGUCCCGCCGCAUUCCUCAGCUAUUUCACCAUGGAGUUAUUACAGCCGCUAAUUUGUGUCAAUCCGGACAUGCGAACCUCUUCUUGGAUUCUACACUGGAAGUCGAGUUUUGGGGCUGUUAAUCUUGUAUGAGCUUGAACUACUUGUCCCAGUGUCGUCAUACUGCAGACAGGCAACUGGAACCAUAAUCUUAAUUACAAUUGUAUCAUGCAUAUUUUAUAACUGACUCUGACAAGAUUGUUUAUUUGUUUUGAUUCUCUCACAAGCAAUUUCAAUUUAAAAAUGAGCAGU